UCGACACGGGCCGGAUUGACUUUGUUCCUUGCACGAUUCCUCUUUCUCUCCUCUCUCCGUCAUCGUCUUCUGCUUUUCUUCUUCUUUCUUACAGUAAUUGACUCUCGAGAAAUUGCAAUCACUCGGAGAUUAGAUUCGGCCAUGGAUGAGGUAGAAACUCCACAAACGAUACUUCAAUUCGCUCCAUUCAACAGUUCCGUCGACGAAGGUUUCUGGCAUAGCUUCUCCUCUUUGAAACUCGACAAACUCGGAAUCGACGAUUCUCCGAUUCCCAUCACCGGUUUCUAUGCACCAUGUUCUCAUCCACAAGUCUCGAAUCAUUUGACUCUUCUUUCAGAGUCAUUACCUUCAGAUGAUGAACAAUCAUCGAUGGAGAGUACUAGUCAUGGAAAUAGGAAUAAGUGUCCUGUUCCUGGGAUUCUGUAUAACACCAAUACCGUCGAAAGCUUUAAUAAACUUGACAAGCAAAGCUUGCUAAAGGCAGAAGCAAAGAAGAUUUGGGAAGAUAUUCAAUCAGGAAAAGCUGUUGAGGACUGUUCUCUGUUAUCAAGAUUCCUUGUUAUCUCGUUCGCAGACCUUAAAAAAUGGAGUUUUCGUUACUGGUUUGCGUUCCCUGCACUUGUACUUGAUCCUCCCGCAAGUUUGGUAGAGUUAAAGCCAGCUUCUGAGUAUUUUAGUGUAGAAGAAGCAGAAUCAGUAUCCGCUGCUUGUAAUGAUUGGCGCGACUCAAAUUUAACUACAGAUGUUCCGUUCUUUUUGGUUUCGGUUUCGUCUGAUUCAAAAGCUACUAUCAGACAUCUUAAAGACUGGGAAUCUUGCCAAGGUGAUCAUCAAAAGUUGCUUUUCGGUUUCUAUGACCCAUGUCACCUUUCGAGUAAUCCUGGUUGGCCACUUCGAAAUUACUUGGCACUUAUUCGCUCAAGAUGGAACCUCGAGACAGUUUGGUUCUUUUGCUACAGAGAGAGUCGCGGUUUCGCUGACCUGAACCUUUCCCUUGUUGGUCAAGCCUUAGUCACACUUUCAUCAGCUGAGACUGCACCUAACUCAGUGGGAUGGGAGCUUAACAAAGGCAAACGAGUUCCCCGAUCCAUUAGCCUAGCUAAUUCCAUGGAUCCAACUAGGUUGGCUGUUUCUGCUUGUGAUUUAAACUUAAAGUUAAUGAGAUGGCGUGCAUUACCAUCUCUGAACUUGAAUGUUUUGUCCUCUGUCAAAUGCCUUCUUCUUGGAGCUGGUACAUUGGGUUGCCAAGUUGCUCGUACUCUUAUGGGUUGGGGAAUCCGCAAUAUCACUUUUGUUGACUAUGGCAAAGUAGCUAUGUCUAAUCCAGUCAGGCAAUCUCUAUACACGUUUGAAGAUUGUGUAGGUCGUGGUGAGUUCAAAGCUGUUGCUGCUGUGAAAAGCCUCAAACAGAUAUUCCCAGCGAUGGAAUCUACUGGAGUUGUUAUGGCUAUACCAAUGCCAGGACAUCCGAUUUCUAGCCAAGAAGAAGAAUCUGUUCUCGGUGACUGUAAACGCCUUAGUGAUUUGAUUGAAUCUCAUGAUGCUGUGUUCUUGUUAACCGAUACAAGAGAAAGCCGGUGGCUACCUUCUCUGCUAUGUGCUAACGCCAACAAGAUUGCUAUAAACGCGGCUUUAGGUUUCGAUAGCUACAUGGUAAUGCGUCAUGGCGCUGGCCCAACCACCUCGUUAUCUGAUGAUAUGCAGAAUCUUGACAUGAACAAGACAAAGACACAGAGACUUGGUUGUUACUUCUGCAAUGACGUGGUUGCACCUCAAGAUUCAAUGACUGAUCGAACUCUGGACCAACAGUGCACUGUUACACGACCGGGUCUAGCUCCUAUAGCAGGAGCUCUCGCCGUUGAACUCUUAGUCGGAGUCCUACAACACCCAUUUGGUAUCUAUGCAAAAGGAGACAACUCUAGCUCGAGUAAUGGAGGAAACAUUGAUGACUCGCCUCUCGGGAUCUUACCUCAUCAGAUUCGAGGCUCAGUUUCUCAGUUCUCACAGAUCACGUUGCUAGGGCAAGCUUCAAAUAGCUGUACCGCUUGUUCUGAAACCGUGAUAUCGGAGUAUAGAGAGAGAGGAAACAGUUUCAUACUUGAAGCUAUUAACCAUCCUACAUACCUGGAGGAUCUUACUGGUUUAACUGAGCUUAAGAAAGCUGCUAAUUCGUUUAACCUCGAUUGGGAAGACGAUGACACUGAUGAUGAUGACGAUGUAGCUGUAGAUAUGUAAAAGUAAUUUUUUAAUUACAUAUUUUAAUGAACCAAAUAAAAUAGACUAUAUUCACAAGAUGGCUCACUUAUGGAUCUUGAUAAUCAUUUUUAUACUUCAGUAAAAAAAA